UCGCUUACUUGCUAUCCUCAUCUUUCUUGUGAGCUGUGAGCAGAGCAUUAGAGGAAUAUCGAAGAAUCAUGGCGAUGGCUGCGGCUGACAAAAGAUGGUCUCUUCUGGGAACCACCGCUUUAGUCACCGGCGGCACAAAGGGAAUCGGCCUAGCCAUAGUGGAAGAACUGUCCCGCCAUGGCGCAACUGUGCACACCUGUGCUCGCAGUGAGUCUGAGCUCCAUGAAUGCCUUCAGAAAUGGAAGCUCUUACAACUCAACGUUUCUGGCUCUGUUUGUGAUGUCAGCUCUGGAGCUGAAAGAGAGAAACUUAUGGAGACAGUCUCUUCCUUGUUCCAUGGAAAGCUCAACAUACUUAUUAAUAAUGCGGGGAGGGGCCUGUUCAAGGACGCUCUGAAAUCAACAGUGGAAGAUUACUCGAUAACGAUGGCUACAAAUUUGGAAUCCGGGUUUCAUCUCAGCCAAAUCGCACACCCUCUGCUCAAGGCCUCUGGUGGUGGAAGCAUUGUCUUCAUCUCCUCCAUCGCAGGAAUCGUUGCUUUGCCUGUUUGCGCCAUUUACGGCGCUACUAAAGCUGCAACAAAUCAACUAACGAGGAAUCUAGCUUUGGAAUGGGCGAAAGACAAGAUACGCGUAAACUGCGUUGCCCCAGGACCCAUAAAGAGUGCAAUGCUACAGUCUUUCCUUCGAGCAGAAGGAGGUCCUGAAACAGAGGGGUUUGGAGGCCCGAUGGAGCGUGCCGGGGAGGCAGACGAAGUAGCGCCGCUUGCAGCUUUCUUGUGCAUGCCAGUCGCCUCCUACAUUACUGGCCAAGUUAUUUGUACUGAUGGAGGAAUCGCCAUGUCCUGAUCACAUUUGUUCAUUUAAGUCUGAAAGAUUAUUUAUGAAUGUUGUUGUUGUCGUCUGCAUGAUUUUAAAUAAAGUUGUUGGAUGCGUUUUGAGAAAUCUGCUUUGCAACAUAUAGCAUAA